AUGCCCCAACAGUGUGCGUCUCGUCACCUCGAGGGUGGCCUUCCAGUCGUGGCGUCGCUGCAGCUCCCCACUCGCCUGGCCCUCUGUAUAGUCACAAUCGCCUGUAGCACGCGGUCGCUGACGGGGCUUCGGUUCGCCAUCCUGUCUGCUCUGUGGCGGGGGGCUCUGGGCGCUGCCUUGUUCACCCACACUGUCGACUGCAGGGGGCGAGGGGUAGGGGGGGUGGACGAGGAGGAGGAGGAGGAGGAGGAGGAGGAGGAGGAGGAGGAGGAGGAGGAGGAGGAGGAGGAGGAGGAGGAGGAGGAGGAGGAGGAGGAGGAGGAGGAGGACGAGGGUGAGGAGGAGGAGGAGGAGGAGGAGGAGGAGGGUGAGGAGGAGGAGGAGGAGGAGGAGGAGGAGGAGGAGGAGGAGGAGGAGGAGGAGGAGGAGGAGGAGGAGGAGGUAAAGUAA